CUGGGUUGCUGGAAAGACUGGGUGUAGCACCCACCCACCCAGAACAGAUUUACCUAAUCCAUCUGCAAUCAUUGUGAUGGAGCAGGAGCCAAAACCUAUGGUCCCAAGUUCUAAUGCCUUCACAGAAAGGAAGACUUUGAAAAGCACUUUUACAGGAGAUGAAUAUGGAAACAACUUGGAAACUAGUCAAUACAAUAACCCUAACACAAUUAAAAAGGGCACCUCAAAAUGGUCUAAGAAGGAUGGCCCACAAAAUUAUAAACAUAAAAGUAUGAAGGGAAUGUCAUUAACAUUCAGUCAGAGAGAUGAGCGUUGGUGCAGUGAUUCCUGUGAGAGUAAGAACAAGUCAGAGAACCAGGAGAAAUGUAAAGAAAAAGAGGAGGAAAAGCCCUCUCACUGGGGAACAGAUUCCAGCAAACAGGUCACCGUUUCUGACAAGCAGAAUUUAUCUUUUAGAGAUAAACCCUACAAAUGUUCUGAAUGUUGGAAAAGCUUCAAUAAUAAUUCCCAUUUGCAUACUCACCAAAGGACCCACUCGGGAGAAAAACCGUACAAGUGUUCAGAGUGUGGAAAAUGCUUUGGCAAUAGUUCUCAUCUAAUUCAGCAUCUGAGAACACACACUGGAGAGAAGCCCUUCCAGUGUGGUGAAUGUGGGAAAAGCUUCAGCAAUACCUCUCACCUUAUUAUACAUGAGCGAACUCACACAGGAGAGAAACCUUACCAGUGUCCUGAGUGUGGGAAGAGUUUUAGUAGCAGUUCUCACUUGAUUCAGCAUCACAGAUCACAUACAGGUGAAAAGCCCUAUGAAUGUUCCAUCUGUGGGAAAUGCUUCAGCCAUAGUUAUGUCCUCAUAGAACAUCAAAGGACUCACACUGGAGAAAAACCCUACAAAUGCCCCAACUGUGGCAAGAGUUUUAGUCAGAGUUCUAGCCUGGUUCGUCACCAGAGGACACAUACAGGUGAGAAGCCCUACAAAUGUCUCGAGUGUGGGAAAAACUUUGGUUGUAAUUCUACUCUGAUAAAGCAUCAGAGAAUACAUACAGGAGAAAAACCCUACCAGUGUGCAGAUUGUGACAACAAUUUCAGUCUCAGUGCAAACCUUAUUACACACCAGAAAACACACACAGGAGAAAAAUCCUGUGAGAGUUUCAAAUAUGAAGGAAGUGUGAAUCAUAGUGACAGGGUUAUAGAAAAGUACAGAAUCCAACCAGGAGAGAAACCGUAUAAAUGCUAUGAAUGUGGGAAAAGUUUUGGUCUCAGUUCCCAUCUUAUUAGACAUCAGAGGACACACACAGGAGAAAAGCCUUAUAGAUGUUCUGAGUGUUGGAAAACCUUUAGCCAGAGUUCGACCCUGGUGAUUCACCAAAGAACACACACAGGAGAGAAACCUUACAAAUGUCCAGACUGUGGUGAAUGCUUUAGUCAGAGCUUUAACCUUAUCAGGCACCAGAGGAUCCACAUGGGAGAAAAGCCAUACAAGUGUACAGACUGUGGAAAAUGCUUCAGCAGAAGUGCCUACCUCAGUCAACAUCAGAAAACUCACAUAAAGAAGUCUUUCGAGUCUCCUGAAGUUGAAGAUUUUUCUCAUGAAAAGACUUGGAAAAACUGCUCAAGAGAAAUGGCCUUCAUCUCUUCAUUUUCAAUUCAGGAUUUUUCUUCCUCUUGAGUCCUAAAGCUAUUUCUGUUGAUGAUGUUGUUUUGAUUUUCAUUUUUGUUGUUUAUUUGCU